AUAUCUGCAUUUUACAGUAAUAUUGUGCGCUUAAGGCAUGAAAAAAGAAGGAGAAAAUUACCCGAAUUACCAAAAAAUAGAACUGGUUCGGUGUUAAGCUUGGCCGAUGAAUUAGGAGAAGUAUUUUCGCCUGACAGAAGGAAAUCGUUCGUAUCGGGACUUCGAGAUUCUGAAUGUCGGUCUCCAGACUCGGGUAUAUCAUUAGUCCAUUCGCCCGAAAGAGCCAAAUCUAGUUCACCGCAACAAAUCGACACUCCAACUCCAGCAUCGUCGUGUUCAUCGAGUCUUCCACUAUCUCAAUUAGAGCUAUUAGAGGCCACACACAGAGGACUGUACAAGUUCGUUCCUAGRCACCGGGACGAGAUGGAAGUGGAUAUAGGUGAUCCGAUUUACGUGCAAAAGGAAGCCGAAGACUGUUGGUGUGAAGGAGUUAACCUUCGCACCGGAACUCAAGGAGCGUUUCCAUCCGCGUAUGCGGUAGACGUCGAGUACACGGAUUUCGAUUCUGCGACGCCCAAGGUGAAACGAGAACGGUUUCUUUUGGGAUACAUGGGUUCAGUGGAGACAAUGUGGCACAAAGGCAAUUCUGUGCUAUGUCAAGCCAUACGCAAGAUUACUGAACGUCCCAAUUGCAAACCACAAUCGUGCAUACUUGAGGUGUCAGACCAAGGACUUCGAAUGGUCGAUCGUGCCAAAUCUUCAACGAUGGUAAGCGUUGCACUAUUUACACGUAACUAUUUAUGUACAUAGGUCAUAAGUGUUCACACGCAACACUCUGCAUGGAUUAAUUUUAAAU